AUGGAGACGGAGAAGAGGAGAUAUCUGGGCAACCACCAGCUGAACGAGCUGGAGGAGCGGCUGUUUGAGAUUCUGUUCCUGCGGCAGGAGAUUCCGCUUUUGCCUCUGCACUGGGGGGUUGAUUUCCGGGCGGUUCCUAUGUCGGGGGACUUGUUUUGUUGGAAGACGGGGGUGAAGCCGAUUGUUUAUGCGCAUACGAGUGGAUUUCGAGCAGCAACCAUGGCACUGUCACGACUCAUCGAUCUCACGGCCAACGUACGCACGUCCUGCCAGUCAGGUCUGCGCCGAAAGACGCCCCUGAUGAUCAAAAAAUCCUUGGAUAAGUACCUCAGCUGGGCUGCCGAGGAUGGAGGCUACAGCCAUCUGAAAUACAUCCCCAACAUCACCGUCGAGAUCGUCGAUAAGACCGGCGAAGGGCUUGAAGAGCAUCAGCUGACAGCUUUCGUCGGGAUGCGCAUGAGACAGCUGGCACAGUCGCACCGCGAGCUGCUCGCUAUCAAGGCAGAACAGGAGGAGAAUUCGGCUGAUAUGGAUAUAGACAGAGAGUUACUGCGGCGGCCCGUCAUAAAGCCGGAGUCUCACGGGGAGACAUCGGUCAUUGACAGCGGGGAUGAUGAGCCGACGACUAAACAAGGUAACAAGGCAAGAGACAGAGUAUACGUGAAGCUAGAGGAUGAAGAGGAAGAAAAACAAACCAUCAUAAAAAAGGAGCUCUUUGACGAUUCAGACGACGACAUUACGAUGGCAGACAUUCCCAUGGCACCAACAACAUCGUAUCUUCGUCCACCCCCCGUCGUCUUCGGCUUCUUUAUAGUUUCUACUUCCGUCAUUCUACUUACCGCCGACUCUUCCAAAGAAGAUGCCGACAUGAAGUUAAACUAUCACGUAGAUUUGGACUUUCAGAACCGCAGCCUAGGCGUGUGGAAUGCCUUGACGGUGGCGAUUGCGACGUGCCUUGCGAGAGACGACAUGAUGAAGAGGAUGGGGGAUUUCGAGGAGGAAAUAUACGUUGAGGAGAGCGAUCCGGAUGCUUGA